AUGUCAGCUGGAAGACUGGACGGCAAAGUGGCCAUUGUCACGGGCGGCGCCUCGGGCUUCGGCAAGGGCAUCGUGGAGAAGUUUGUCAAGGAGGGCAGCAAAGUCAUCAUUGCGGAUCUCUCUGUGGACAUCGGCAAUGCCGUCGCAGCAGAAUACAAGUGUGCUUUUGCCAAGACAGACGUGACCCAGCGCGCCGACUGGGAGAGGGUCCUCGCCACGGCUGUCGAGACGUACGGGCAGCUCGAUAUUGUCGUGAACAACGCGGGCGCGACCUAUUCGAACAAGCCCACCGAGCAAGUCACUGAUGCGGAUUUCGACUUGGUGAUGAACGUCAAUGUCAAAUCUAUCUACUUGUCCUCCUCCGUCAUCGUGGAAUACUUUUUGCGCGAGAAACGCCCCGGCUGUUUCAUCCAGAUCGCCUCAACGGCGGGAAUUCGGCCACGGCCGGGUCUGACAUGGUACAAUACGUCCAAGGGUGCUGCCAUCACUGCUACCAAAUCGUUGGCUGUCGAGUAUGGACCAAAGCAGAUCCGCUUCAACGCGGUCUCGCCCGUCGUCGGAAGCACGGCCAUGACGCAUUUAUUCUUGGGUAAACCGGAUACGCCCGAGAACCGCGCUGCUUUUGUGUCUACGAUUCCUAUGGGUCGGCCGUCGAUGCCUUCGGACAUUGCCAAUACGUGCUGCUUUCUGGCAAGCGAUGAAGCCGAGUUUCUAACAGGCACAAACAUUGAGGUUGACGGAGGCCGCUGCGUCUGA